CUCUCUCUCCUUCUCUCUCUCCCACAUGGACCCAUUUUUCUUCUUCUUAACCAUCAAAUGUCAACCGCCUCCUCCUCCUCCGCCGUCUUCCUCCACCAUCCUCCUCUCCCGCCGUCUCCGCCACACGCCCCCAACCACACCUACCUCACAACUCUAGGCUUCGGCUACUCCAUAGCCAUAGCUCUCGGUUUCCUCGUACUCCUCUCCACCGUCCUUUUAUCCUCCUACAUCUGUUGCCGCGACUCUCGCCGCCGCACAACUGCCGUUGAGUCCACCGGAGAACGUGGCGGAAGCGUAAUCCUCCCCCGCAUAAUCUUCGUCGCCGAAGAAGACAACGAAGAUCUCGAAGCGGGUGACGUCAUCGUUGGUCUCGAUCAAGCCGUCAUAAACUCCUACCCUAAGUUCCACUUCUCCAAAGAAACCUCCGCCGCGUCCUCCGAUGGAUUUGGCGGCGGAGGAGAUACGACGUGUUCGAUCUGUUUGUGUGAGUAUAGAGAAGCGGAGAUGCUGAGGAUGAUGCCCGAGUGUAAACACUACUUCCAUUUAUGUUGUCUUGACGCGUGGCUGAAACUCAACGGUUCAUGUCCUGUUUGCCGGAACUCGCCGCUUCCGACGCCGACAUCUACGCCUCUGUCUACACCAUUGUCGGAAGUUGUGCCGCUCUCGCAGUACGCCGCCGAUCGGAGGAGAGCAAGAAGAUGAUUUUUUUUUUUUUUAAAAUAGAUCCAUUCGCCCUUAAUAUUAUUAAUUAUUUUUGCUCCGUUUCAACUUUCAUUACAACUUUACUGAUUUGUAAUUAAAAAAAACUCCGUCAAAAUUAAGUUCAGUUUGUCAUUAAUAUCAUCGAAAUGAAAUCCAAUUUG